AGGAGUAGAAAAUAAACAGUGAUGCUCAUAGUUGCUUGUGAUGCUGAUAGAGAACGAUAUCAUUUGACUCUUGACGAACACCUGAGCUGGAUCUUGCUAAUCUGCUUUCGUAACUCGCAACGGCACGAUUUACGACGAUUGUAAAUUACAUUCGACACCGGAUUUACUCACGAUAGGAUCCGAUGGACCAUUUUUUGGUUUUCACUGGUUACAAUAGUCACACAAACCUAACUGAAGAUUUUAAUGAACUAUUUAUGAUUUGGAAAUGAUGCAUUCAAGGUCGUGAAACUUGCGUUACGAUGAUUUGCCCAGUGAUUGUUUAAACUAUUAUUAUUACAUGUGGCACUAGUGCUACCACCUGAGCGAGCGAACAUCAGCAAUCAUCAGUAUGUCAUCUCCAGUUUAGGACUUCCUAGACUGAUUCGACCAUCGUGAAUUGUAUUCAAAUAUUGUUUCUAACGUUUUGUAUCGCAUGUGGGACAAGGGCGGUCAUUUUGCCCCAAUCGAGAAAACUGGCAUAAAGACAGAUUUGCCGCCGUGCCCGAUUAACAUAGGGUAUAAACAAAAAGAGCGAAGAGGUCGCGAACGCCGUCGACCCUCAGUUUCUAUAUUUACGCCGGGUGAAACGGAUUGAGUGCGUCCUAGGAGAAAUGGGAAACUUUUUCGCCGUGACGCCCGACGAGGACCUGUUUCAUAAUUUGUCGAUCUACGUCCGGAGAAAGAAGAAGUCGAAACGUCGUCAAGUACAUCUUCCGAAGCUGCCAGUUCCCGACCUAGAGCAGACAAUGGGCAAAUACCUUGACAACUUAAAGCCCAUCCUUAACGAGAAACAUUUCGAGAAGGUCAGACUGAUGGUGCAAGAAUACGCAGACCCCGACGGCCCCGGUCACAAGGUGCAGCACGAACUACUCAAACGCCGGGAAAACACGGACAACUGGGUAUACGACUGGUGGUUGAAGGAUAUGUAUAUGGGAGUCCGCCUUUGCCUCCCCAUCAACGUAAAUCCCGGAAUGGUAUUUCCACCGAGACAAUUCAGAGGUUUUACCGACAUAGCGAGAUACGGUGCAAGAAUUAUAUCACAAUUGUCACAGUAUAAGGAUAAAUUAGACAGAAGGGAGAUUCCGAUUGAAAAAGCGACCAGCCGGGAAAAAGGACAGCCUUUGUGUAUGGCCCAGCAUUACAGAUUAAUGACUUCUUACCGAUUGCCUGGAAUUGACUGUGACACACUGAUCAACACUGAGCCGGAUGGCCCUAGACUAGACCAGCAUGUGAUUUUAGCCUGCCAAAACAAAUUUUAUGCAGUCUAUCUCAGAAAGGGUGGUACUACUUUAACUGAAGAUGAAAUAGCAGGGCACAUACUACAAGUUUUAGAAAGCAGUACUGACACGAAAGUAUCAGCUAUUGGCCUUUUAACUUCUCAACCUAGAAACAUCUGGGCAGAGAAUAGAGAAGCUCUUGCGCAAUACGAAGAGAAUCGCAAAAGCUUCCAGUUGAUUGAGCAAAGUUUGGGGAUUCUGUGCUUGGACCAAAAGUCAUUAGGGGAUAAAUUUCAAAGGAGGGGAUGUGGACGGGGUGGAAAAGGCAUGGUUUCUGGACUGCGUGAUGAGACCAGCAUGGCACAUCAAAUGCUACACGGUGGCGGGUCUCAAAGCAACACACCAAAUCGGUGGUUUGACAAAACAAUUCAAAUUGUUAUCGGAGUAGAUGGCGUGAAUGGCCUAUGUUAUGAACAUUCCCCUUCUGAAGCUGUAGCUCUCAUUGGUGUAAUUGAAAAUAUUUUAGAAAAUUGCUCUAAUUUAUCUGAAGAGCCUCUUACGCCGAUGAGCACUGCUUUGCAAGAACUUCAUUGGACUGAGCCACCAUUCCUUACAAAGAUAAUAAAUGAAGCUGCCCGUUCAAUUGAUAACAUGAUAGAAGAUUUAGAUUUUUAUGUUUAUCGAUUCGACGGUUAUGGAAAGAACUUUAUCAAAUCUUGCAAAAUGAGUCCGGACGCCUAUAUCCAAAUGGCACUACAACUGGCCUACUACAAAUUAUACGGUAAAUUAACAUCUACGUAUGAAAGUGCAUCAAUUAGAAGAUUCUGGAAAGGACGAGUGGACAAUAUUAGGUCAGCGACAUGGGAAGCAUAUCAGUGGGUAUCGGCGAUGACACAACCAGAAGAAACAGGAGAUCCUUUAAUCCCGACUAAAAGAGUUACGUUUAGCCUCGUUACAGAUGCCGAAAAGCUGAUGCUAUUUGACACAGCGGCUAAAAAACAGACAGAUAUUAUGAUCGAAAAUAUACUUGGCCAGGGCAUCGACAAUCACAUGCUGGGCCUUAGAGAGCAAUCGCAGCUGAUGAACGUCCCAAUGACAUUAUUCAAUGAUGAAUCAUAUAAAAAAUUUAACCAUUUUGCUUUAUCAACAAGCCAGGUGGCUACAAAAGUUGGUUUCAUGGGAUAUGGACCAGUUGUUCCAGAUGGCUACGGCGCUUCUUAUAACAUCUUAGACGAUUCUGUGAUAUUCUGUCUGUCUGCUUUCUAUUUUUCGGAACUCACCAGUACGCCCAGAUUCGCGCAAAGCCUUGAAGAGAGUCUCAACUCGAUGCAAACUUUAUUGCAGACCAGGACUUAAAUUAACCAAAGGCCUUUUUAAACAUUCUAACCCUUUUUGAAAUGUAAUCAUGAUCGAACGAAGUCUGCUCGUCGUACGGGAUUGCUAUUGUUUAAGCUUUAUACAAAACAAAUCGCUUUUUUUUUUAUAUUUUAUUAACCUCAAUGUGACAAUAUCAUACUUAUUGUAGGUUUUAAACAAUGGCAAUUUUUUGUUUUUUUUUUAAAUAAAAAUUGCAUAAAAUUCCGUGCAAUUUUUUUUUCUUUUUUGUGUUAAGGGAAAUGUAGUGUAUUACUUCUGUGAUUGUUACGUUACCAGACAAGUUUUUAAUUAUUCUCUUGUUAUCUUUAUAAAGAGUUUAUUGCUUGAUAAAUAAAAUUUUUAGAAGUGUUGAGAAAUUUACAAUCUAUAUAUAUAUUUUGGAAAUAUAAAUGUUAACAUUAUUGUUUAUAUUAUUUUUUGUUUUUAUUGGAUUAACAUUUACAUAAUGUAAAUGUGACCAAGAAACAAUACAUAUCAAGAAACAUAUCAUUAGGAAUAUAAGACAAUUAGAUGUUAAGAGCUAACAAAAAAGAAGGUUCAUUUCGUGAUAAAUUAACGUAAACAUAUCAUAAAAUAGAAUCUGAUUAUUUUAUUAAUAUAUUAAUCAUGAAAUUUGCCCUACCAGAGUGGUAUUAGAUGUAAUACAGUAAUUAAUAAUCCUGUUGUUAUAAAUAGAGAGAUUUUUUAUUCGUUCAAGUUUAAAGUAUUUAUCGUUCAAAAGUUAUGACAUUUCAUAGUUUUAUUUUUUAUUUACGUUAGAUUUAUUUUGUGAAUUAUCUUUGCCCGCAGCUGAUGUGAAAGCUUGUCACAUCGCAAUAGUUUUCACGAGGAAAAACCCAAGCACCGAAAUGUGUGUGCUGUUAGAAACUAUAGAAUAGACGCUGUUUAGGCAGAUUGCACGUGUAUUAGCAAUAGUACUUUAGUCAAGAGUGUAAUAAUUACUCAAUAGUAUUAAGGAAAUGAUACAUAUCAUUGACUAUUAUAACCAAAAUUGAAUGUUUGCUGUGAGAAAGAGUUAAUUUGAGUGUUUUUCACAUUUAAAAAAAAUCGUAUAUUGUAUUUACUUCAUAGAUAAGUCACCAGUACAGAGUUUAUGUUCUUUUUGUUUCAAAUAAUGCAUAAAAAAUAAAUGCUCAUAACAUUCUUUUUAUUUUAAAAUGAACUGCAUUUAAAAUAAACGCAAUUUAAUGUUCAUAAAUCCUUUAAUCCAGCAUACAUGCAGCCAUUAUUGAUAAAAGAUAAAUAUUUAAUAUUUAUUAAUCUAUUUAUCAAUAAAAUUGUUCUAUUAUUCCAUUGUUAAAAAUUAGUGGAGAUAUUUAUUAAUUUUUGCUAGUAAUUUUGAUAAUUGGUGUAAAAUGAUCUCUGUUUUUUCUCUAAUGCAGUAAUUAAUCAUGACUGUCAUUUUAAAAUCUUGACUUCAAUUUUCCUUUAAUUCACUUAUUUAUUUUGCAAAAUGUUUAAUUUUGUCAUAGUUCAAUUAUAAAUAUGUAAAUAAUAUAAGUGGAUUAAAGAAUAUUUUCUAAACAGAGUAAAAUUAAAGAAACUAUGUUUAUUAUUUUUUUUCUUUUAUAACGUAAUUUAAAAAAAAAUUCAAUAAUAAAAUCGGUACAAAAAAAAUGUAUUUUAUAGGAUAAUUAACAUAAUAUAUAAUACAUAUCAUUAUACAAUACGAUAUUAGAAAAGAAAGCUUUGCGAGAUAGUUUUAUUAAAAUAUUUUAUCGCCUCAAUAAAAUAUCAAGUGUAUAGUUAAUAAUUAACAUUAGGUUAAAUUGUGUAGUAUUUAGUGACAGUUACUUAAUGAUUAUUUAAAGAUCGUGAGACACCAGUCAUGAUUUAUAAAUAAUCAUUAGGUUAAAAGAUUAAUAUUUUUAAUAUCAUCAUAUAUCGUAUCUGAAAUGUAACAUCCAAGUAUAAUUGUUUUUCUAUAAUAAUAAAAAAAAAUUGAGCCUUACAUUAUUAUAUAAAAUACUGUAAUUUUUUGCGUGUUUUCAUGUCUAAAUGUUUUUUGCGUUUUCUAUAUAUUUCGUUCGUUUUGUUUUUUUUGCUGAACGCAAGAUUUUCAACUUUGAAAAUAGAAAUGUUUAAAAAAAAAGUUAUAGUUAGAAGUAACUCUCACUCUGUAGUGAGGCCCACACAGUAUUUCUUGUCCAAUGUGGAAAACUGCCCAUAAAUUUAAUGAUAAACAAAUUCGUAUGGAGAAAAUUGAUGUAACAAAAUAAAAAUAAAAAUCCCGCACUGUAAUGCUUUGACAAUUGCUCAGAAAUUAUGAUUGCCUUUGGUGUGAAUUAUUCCCUUAACUAACAAGUAUCAUACAUAGAAUAUUAAAAAAAAAAAA